UUCCUCUGGACAGGUUUUGAUAAAUCUCCCCCUAUACCACCAGUGUAGCCCCUAACCCUUGACAAAAGCUUGAAUAGUGGCACUGUGGGACACUUGGGGCUCAUCCUCACCCCCACACAGAGAAAGGGGCUGUAGGAAACAGACAGGGAGUGGUCUUUGAAAAAAUGAUCCCUGAUUUUUGCUUCCUGGAUAACCCCUGCAAUGUUAGUAGAUCAUUAAAAUAUUAAUCCUCUAUUAGUCGAGGAAGUAAUUGGAAAACUUCAUGGAAAAUUUCUUACAAUUUUCCAUCCUUCUCCUCUUGGCAGCUCAUAGACAUCACAUUACUUAAACAGGGGGCAGCAGUGAGCACAGGGGGAAGAGUAUAGGAAUCAGAUUAAGAUGAGAUAUUGAUAUAUAGUUAUAUUACAAACAAUCUAGGUCAUGGCAAUCAUUACCGUGUGCUGCUAUCUCUAUGGUCAGAGAUAACCGCUGAGAGUUCAGAUAAAUUAUGGCCCCUCUUUAGGGAAGUUCUGGAGAUCUUACGCCGGUUUCUUUCUCUUAUUAUCUGACACAACCUGACAGAGUUGGACAGUCCACACAAUGGUCACAGACACUGGAAUAUACAGAAACUCUUUGGAAAACUAUGUUUCCUGGGAUAAAGACUCCACCCGGAGCAACAACCGAGAUAAAUAGAGAGAAGGACUGGGAUCCAAGAAUCAGAGCAGAAGAUCCACCACAGCAGACAGCGCCCCCAGCAGGAGGAGCAGAAUGGACCGUACAAUAUACCUGAUACUUGUGACUUUCCUGGUGUCCUUUUGCUCUUCGGCCAUUCUACCAGAUGAGUAUUUGUCCCAUGUUGAUAUUCAGGAAGGAUCUAGGGAUGAAGAGCUCGACCUUGAGGCCAGAGGGAGAUGUCCUGGAAGAAGGAAUCGGCGCCUGCCAACCUCUAUGAUAGUGGACACCAGUUUCAUUGACACCAGUUACCUGGAUAGUUUGGUGGAGAUGGAGGACGUUCAUACCCGCUCUCUAUCACCCUGGGACUACCGCCUCAACACAGAUCCCAACAGAUUCCCCUUUGUGAUCUCCGAGGCCGAUUGUGUCACUUUUGCUUGUGUAGACGCUGAUGGCAACGAGUAUCCAGACCUGAUCUCCUCCCCCGUCCAGCAGGAGAUGAUGGUCCUACGACGGGAGCAGAAAAGCUGCAGCUUCUCCUAUAGACUGGAGACUGUGGUGGUCACAGUGGGCUGCACAUGUGUCAGGCCUAUGGUCAGCUAUUACUGAAUAUGAGGAAAUAUAUAUGGAUUGACUUUUAUGUUUUGGGGGGUGUUUUUUUCUGUUCUAUAUUUAAGCAACAAGUAAGAAAGUAAACUAAGCCUAAAUUUUUGUCUAUAUCAUUAUUAUAAUUAUUUAUAUAACAUAAUUUAUAAACAUAAGCUUUUAUCAACUUUUGGAUCUUUUUCCUUAUGUUUAAGCAAUAAAUAUUAAUGCA